CCUCGAGCGUGCAUCAAGCUUGACAGCAUAAUGCGCGCACCCGUGUUCCUCCGGAUGCGUGUUUACUCAGUCUCCUCUCUCCACCCUUGAAAUGAGAGAGGUACGGAGUGGAAGGGACAUCGUUUUACAAGAAAACCUCCACGAACGGACAUCCAAGAUCAAGACCGGCCGACAGACGAGGGCGAAGCGCGAAGAGUCCAGGUGUAGCGCGUGGAAAAAUUGAUUCGACACCAAGGUCAAUUAUCUUUCUAUUAAAAAAACCUUAAGGCACGGAGAAAUCACGAACCUCUGAGGAUGGAGCAGGUAUACGGGGCUGGCAAGGCUGGCGGCACCUUCGAUCCAAUUACGUUCUUUCAGCAGCCGCAGAUUAUUCUUCGAAUAUUGUCAUGGAUCUUUUCCAUUGUGAUCUUUGGAUGCAUUGCUAACGAGGGCUAUGUGAACCGUCCAGACGAGGUGGAGGAGUAUUGCAUCUUUAACCGCAACCAGAAUGCCUGUAACUAUGCCGUGGGUAUGGGAUCCCUGGCCUUCCUCUGCUGUGCCGCUUUUAUGGCACUGGAUGUCUACUUUCCUCAGAUAAGCAGCGUUAAAGACCGCAAGAAGGCUGUGUUGGCUGAUAUUGGUGUUUCAGCCUUCUGGUCUUUCGUGUGGUUUGUGGGAUUCUGUUUCCUGGCCAAUCAGUGGCAGGUGGCUAAACCAGAAGAUAACCCCCUCAAAGAGGGUGGAGACGCAGCCAGAGCAGCCAUCACCUUCGCCUUCUUCUCCAUAUUUACUUGGGCUGGUCAAGCUUUUUUCGCAUUCCAGAGGUACAAGUUAGGUGCGAGCUCAUCUCUCUUCUCUCAGGACUAUACUGAUCCCAGCCAGGAUCCCGCAGGAGUGCCUGCUGCAGGCACGGAGUACGCUGGAUACAGCGCUGACAUGGAGGCUAAUUAUGACGGCUCUGGUGGAUACCAGAACCAAGAAUACUAAGGUCGAGUAUAAGGAUGUACAAAACAGCCUUAACAAGCCAGGCUGACUGGGUUACAUGGGGGAAACUAAAUAUUUGAGGUGAAAAGGACAAACAGGAACUUAUUUUGGGGUAGAAUAUAGGGACCAAAGCAGGCUGACAGGAAUUCAGGGGUUUGGUGCUAAAAGAACCCCUUGUGGAAUUAACUUUUGGUGGCAGUACAUGAUUAAUGAGCGUUUCAUUAAGUCUAUAUUAAAAUAUGAUAUUUUGCAGUUUAGAGACUGGCACAGGAUCUCUAGAAAGUGUUUUUUUGUUUUGUUUUUUUGCCUUGGGUUUUGGGCUUAUGGGUUUGAUCAGAUUGAUUGAUCUACAGAUGUGUGUACAUCCUGGUUUAGUACACUUUAUCCAGAUUUGUGAAAAGAAAUCUAAACUAAACUAAUGGAACUUUGUCUCUAAAACAGUCAUAGGAACUAACUAGCUUAAUAUUGGCCAUACAGUAAUAGUGAGAAAACCUGACCAAACUAAAUAUUUCUAAAGACCACAGUGUCUUUUUGUUGGUAAAGUGUAGGCGCUUCAAUGGAAUAUAUCGUUAACCCUUAAC